AUGGGAAAUGUUCUAGAGCUGGAAGACUACCCCUUAUGGGAUAAAUUAAGGGAGAUUUCUGUCAAAAUGGAGGGAUUACCUUGGUUAGUAGGGGGAGAUUUUAAUACGUUUGUCUCGAAAGAGGAGAGGCAAGGCUCCAGAUUGAACAGAACAGGGGAAAUGUUGGACUUUGUUGAUGCAAUUAAUGACUGUCAGCUUCUGGAUCUUGGAGCGGAUGGUGCAAAAUUUACCUGGGCUAGAGGGGAAACGUUUGAAAGACUGGAUAGGGCUUUAAUAGGUGAAGGUUGGCUUGAAUUAUUUUCGGCAACCAGAGUCCCUAAUCUACCGAGAGUGCUAUCAGAUCAUAGCCCCUUACUCAUACAAUGCCAUAGUCCAGGACCUCCAGUCCGGCCACCUUUCAGGUUCCAAAACAUGUGGGUAAGGCACGAAUCAUUCAUAAAGGAGGUAGAGAGAGACUGGAUGAUUCCUACAGGAGAGAGAGGAAUGGUGAAUUUACAAAUCAAGUUGAGCAGAUUAAAGAAAUGCCUGAGGGCAUGGAAUAAGAACGUGUUUGGUAACAUUUUUGAGAAGUUAAAGCAGGCGGAAGAAGAUGCUCAAGAAGCAGCUAUGAGGUAUGAAAGGAACCAAACUCCAACAACUAGAGCUGAGAUGAACAAAAAAGCUGCAGAGUUUGCUCUAAGACUUAAAAUGGAAGAUGACUAUUGGAAGCAAAAGGCAGCUAUAAGGUGGUCAGUGGAAGGGGAGAGAAAUACUAAGUUUUUUCAAGGUUGGGUGAGACACAAAAGAACCAAGUCAAGGAUACACGCUAUAGAAGAGGGGGAACAAACCUUGUCAAAUGAUGAAGAUAUUAGAUGCUCAGUUGUCAACUUCUUUCAAAAGUUGCUAACAUCUGAUAUAGAUGCUCUACAGGAACCAGAUCUGGAUAUCAUGGAAUCUCUGCCUAAUGAUCUUAAUUGGAAGAGCUAG